AGAGAAGAAAUUGUUGAAUAAAGUCGUUCAUCUGUAUUAUAUCUGUUUUUUAUAUUUUAUUAAGUUAUUACCCUUAAAUGGGUUUGGGAGUUGUUUAAAUUUGCUAGUUCGGGGAACAGACACAGUCUCUAUGUGAUGAUAUCUAGGUGAAAGAGUCUCUAUGUGUUGGGAUUUAUCUGACUUCUGUGACGUGAGACCGCUAGUAGAUGGCCGGUUUAGCCAGUCUAUCUGCUUCCUGACCUGGGCCCCAGUUAGUCAAGUUUCAACUCUAAGACUAUGUAACAUAUUACUAGAGAGAAGGGUGGCAUCAACCCAGGAGAUAUGAAGGCCAUCUCUUUUCAUCAGGUCAGAUCGCUCAAAAACUUUUCCAGUUGUUUAUGAACCCUAUAUUAUUCUGCAGACACCACUUCGGCAGCCAGCCAUUGAGUGAGGACAGUCUGCUAUGUAUCUCAUCACCCCAGUAAACAGGGAGGGGGCCAGAGCAAAUUACAGUGUCUGACAUCAUACUUGUGAUUUCACUCACCUCUUUAACGUUAUUUUUAGUGAUCUCCGACUGGCAAAGUCGGACAUCAUUAGUGCCGGACAUCAUUUACUCUUAUCAUUAGCCAGCACUUUUAAAUUUGCUUUGAUGUCAGGCGCUCUGGCUCCCUGGCAAACAUGUGACUGGUGGCUGGUGUCUCUAUUUUCACGUUCCGUGUAAUAGAAUCACCAAUAACUAGGACACUUUCAACAGGAUUCUUAGUGGGUGCAUCACUGAGUGGGGAGAACCUGUUUCAUGUCUAAUCGGAAAGGGAAUAGCUGUGUUUUAUUCCGCGACUAUGCCGUCUCACAGUUACCCAGUUGCCCUGCUGCUGGGACUCUGCAACUGGAAUUUAAUAAUGUACGGUUCUCGCUAAGCUAGUCACAUUCAAAGCCAUAUCUAGAACCCUUGCAUUCUUACUAUCCUCGAUAAAGUUUGGAUGCAUGUCUCUAAUUCUGAAAUCUUCUCUGUCAGCCUAUUUCUGUGCAGUUAUCAAAUGCGAAAUCCUCACAGCUGACAGAUAAGGCUAUGCUAAACGUGGCAGGCGGUGCAAGUGACAAUAACAGGAGACAAUGCCAUGACUCACCAUAUUUGUUUACUGAUUCCGACUCACUUCAGUUGUUUGAAGGACUCAAAAAAAAAAAAAGAAGCGCAAGAGAGAAAAGAGAAGGUAAGCCUGAAAGACAAGUUAACAGGCUAGCGAAAUGCUAACGCAUUGUGUUAGCGAUAACGAUUUAGAUUAAAAGCUUGUCAAGAAAUAAUUAAAAUUAUUUAAAAAGUAUUUUUGUGAAGACCUGUAAAACCUGAAGGCUUUUCGAACUUUGUUUUACUUUCUUUGCCAAAUCAUCAUUAAAUGAUACACUUUUCUUAAACUUAACACUUUACUGUAAAAUGGACAGAAGAUAUUAGUGGUCAUAUACGUGAUACUGCAAAGCAACAGGAUAGUUGCUGCUCUCAGCUGAAUCCAUAAGGACAAAUUCUACAUUUGUUCAGAACUCAUGUCUUGUCACAGCCGUUCCUGGACUGCAUGUGGGUGGAGUAACAGGCCUGAUCGUUCUCUGAUGUGAGAAUCGGAAGGCUCAGCUGUCACUUCUGAGAGACUAAUGUCACUCUCACACCCUAAUGGCUACAACUGAGUAAGCGAAGAGGUUAAAUAUAGCUCAGCAGCACGGUGGAGCUGCACACAAUCACUGAUAGAGGAAGCAUGUGCACCUCUUGUCCCUGGAAUAGAAUAACAGCUUCACUGUUUGUGACUCAUUGAUUUUAUAGCCCUCCUAACGACUUGCAUUCAGUCAUGCUUUCUUUCACUUGCUGGCUCAUGGUUUGAAGCACCUGCUUCACAGUAUAGCACUAUCUUAGAGAGGAAAGACCUUUGGAUAAUGGGUACUGCUUUUAAAAGAAUCGUCUAACCUGGAGUACAUAGGAAUAUACUAGCUUGAGGCUUAGGGACCAUUGUGGGAGGAAAAUGAGGUCCAAAGACAAUACAGUGGACAGCACGGUUAAUGAAGUUCUGGUUGUCACGCAGACUUCACAUGAUGUCCAAGAAGAAGAGGAGGGAAAAAUACUGGAGACAGAAGAGACUAUUAAGGUUAAACGCGUGGAUGAUGAAGAGAAAAAUGGGCCUGACAAUGAUCAUAAAUCAGCACAGAAUGACAACCAAAUGUUUGGGCUGAGAGAUCUGUCCAAAGACAACCUACUGAAACUGCUUGGGAUCAUGGAAGGAGAGAUUCAGGCACGAGAAGAUGUGAUCCAUCUACUGAGGUCUACACUAUUGAGUCGACCAGAGGAGCUGGAGUCCCGUUAUGGCUCUUCGGGGCCGGCCAGACCCCUGCAAGCCCUGCAGAGAGACCGGACGCUCAGCAACAACCACACACAACAUGAGAAUGUGUAUGAUAAGCCAAUGGCAGAGCUGGACAGAUUGCGGGAUAAGCACAAGGACUCAUACCGCCGUAUGCUGGAACAGCUCCUGCUGGCAGAGAAAAGCCACCGGCGCACUGUCUAUGAGCUGGAUACUGAGAAACGCAAACAUGUGGACUAUAUGAACAAGAGCGAUGACUUCACCAACCUCCUGGAGCAGGAACGAGAGAGGUUAAAGCGGUUGCUGAAACAAGAAAAAGCAUACCAAAUACGGAAGGAAAAAGAAUUUUCUAAACGUAUGCAAAGAACAUCUGGAGAGCUGGUCAAGCUGAAGUCCUUCGCACUGAUGAUGGUUGAUGAGCGAGAACUUCACUUGGAGAAAAUUGACAAACAGAGCCACAAAAUACAAGAUCUUCUUCAAAAACUCCAGGAAAAGGAGAAGAAACUAAAUGAGGCAGAGGGAAAAGCAAAGGAAGACAACCAAAAGAUCAUGGAUCUUGAGGUUGAGCUGGAGCUGAGAACUUCUAAGUUUGAAAAAGAGCAAGAGGAGAUGUCCGCGAAACUGUCCAGCCAAGAAUCUCAACAUCAGCAACUGUCCCAGAAACAAAUGGAAUUGUUACACAAACUCAAGGAGCUUGAAGAGAUGAAUGAAGCUCUUGAGAAAUCAGCAGAGGAACUCCAGGCGUUGAGGGACAAGAUCAGAAAGGGUGAGUGUGGCAACUCAAAUUUGAUUGCAGAACUUGAGACUUUGCGCAAAAGAAUUCUGGAAAUGGAGGGUAAAGAUGAAGAGAUCACCAAAACUGAGAACAAGUGCAAUGAGUUGAGGAAGAUGCUUCUGGCUGAGGAGUCUCACAAUAAAGACCUGAAGCUAGAGGUGGAAAAACUGCAACAGAGAAUGACACAGUUAGAAAAACUAGAGAUGACCUUCAAUAUGGGCAGGAUGGAAUGUGCUCAGUUGCAGGCAGCUUUGGAAAAAGAGAAAAGCCUGACGAAAGACCUAACAGAUGAACUGGUGAGCGUUAAAAUCCGUAUGAAGGAGCUUGAGUCGUCCGAGCUGAAACUGGAAAAGGAUGAAUUGGAUUUAAAAGAGGAUCUUUUGAAACUCAAAUCAGUUACUGUAAUAAUGGUUAAUGAGCACAAGAACAUGGCAGACAGAAUUAUGUCUGAGGAAAGGCUGAAAGAUGAACUGAACCAACUCUAUAAGGCAGAGCAGGAGAAAGUCAUGGAGGUUACGGAGAGGUUAAUAGAGGAGAGCAAGAAGCGUCUGAAACUAAAAUCAGAGAUGGAGUUGAAUAUAGCUGCUCUUGUAAAGGAGAGAGAUGAAAUAAAGGGAAAGCUUACCAAAGCAGAAGAAAAAUGUAAAGAUCUGAGCUCCAAGUAUGGUAUUAUGAAGCACGGUACCAUGAACGAAGAAGAAAAGGAAUCUGCUCAAAAGGUGAAAGAACUCCAGAGUGUCUCAAAUCCACAUGGAAAAGAUGAGAAUAAAGUUAAGGAGUUGACUUUGGAGAUUGAACGGUUGAAGAACCGUCUUCAGCAGCUUGAAACUAUUGAGGGAGACCUGAUCAAACCAGAGUACGAUUUGUUAGCAACUGAGAAAGAAAGGGCACAAUUUCUCCCACAGCAGGUACGUGACGUAAGAAGUCAAACUGUGUUGAGUAAGGCAAUAGAGCGAGGAGAGGUAUGCUAUCAGGAGGCUGAACUGAGACAUCGGUUCAUGAUGGAGGAGGCCAAAACCAGAGACCUUCAAGCAGAUGUGCAAGCCCUGAAGGAGAAAAUUCAUGAGCUCAUGAACAAAGAAGAUGAGCUUUCCCAGCUACAGGUGGAUUACUCUGUUCUGCAACAGAGGUUUCUGGAAGAAGAGGACAAGAAAAAGAGCAUAAGCACUGAAGUUCUUAACCUCACCAAAGAACUUGAGGUCACCAAGCGCUAUAGCCGCACUCUGCGGCCCAGCACCAAAGGAGGCCGAAUGAUGGAUGUUCCAAUGACAUCGACUGGAAUACAAACUGAAAAUAGGACAGCUGACAGUGACACUCCUGCUGCAUUCAUCAAGAAGUCUGUCCAAGAAGAGAAUCGGAUCAUGAGUAGUCUUCAACAGAGGAGCUUAAAGAAGCCGGCGCAGAGACCGACAGUGCGUGAACUCUACCCUCCAACAGUCAAUGACUUUACUGUGAAGAAGUCCUGGAUUCCUUGGAUGAGGAAGAAGGACAGCAGCACUUCCGAAAUAUCUUUGGAUACCAGUGGGGAGGUUGCACCUUCUGAAGUCAACAUGCCCCAAAAGCAUGACCAUCCAUUGCACGCUCAGGUGAUCCCAGGUAUUCAGAACAACGAGGUAGUCUUACAGACAUGCAUUGCCCCCUCAGAGGACUUGACCAAACAAGCUUCUGCCAAACCAUCACAAGAAAUUCAGAACCCUCACACAACCAUCAUUCCUACAAAUGAACGAACCAAAGAGCCAAAGAACGCAGAAAGAGUUCGAUCUCCAAUGUCCUUUGCAGCCAUCUCAAGAGUAAAGAGUGCAGAGAUCAUGAGGUCUCCCUCUAUGGACAAAUCACUUGUAUCCACUGCAUCCAACAGCAGCUCCCAAGAGCAUGUGGACAUGAUAACAGGCAGAGCUGUGUUUAAGGAGACUCCUGAGAAACGAAUGGUCCCCACACCCAUCAAGAAGUCAAAUGCUAAUGUCAUUACCACAGAGGACAGUAAGAUUCACAUUCAUUUAGGAUCACAGUUCAAGAAGACCAAUGAUCAUGGCUCAGCUGUCAUGGUCAAAUCUAUUCCUGUAUCAUCCGAGAGUAAGGAGGUUUCUACUGGAACUGUGCUACGCUCUCCACACAAUGUGAUUGCCAGCAAAUCAACAUCCAACAAAGCGAUAAGUAGCGUCACCAUUACGCAGGUCACUAAAGCACCGGCCAGACCUACACUCUCAGUGCAGCCUGUCAUGGAUGUCCCAUCAGCGCGGUCAGGGUUCAGUCGUAUUCCAAUGUCUCGGGGGAUGAAAACGGGAAAAGCUGUGCUUGGAGCUUUGGGAAUCACCACAGGAGUUAAUGCAGAAAACCAGGCCAUGAACAUUGACCUGAAAAAAUCAACUGUCAGCAAUGGAGCAUUACAGGGUGGAGGGAAGGGCUGAGAGCACUGAACAAAUAAUAACAAUGUUUACAUUUAAGUCUACUGCCAAAGAAAGCAAAUUAUCUUCGAUUUCCACUUUCUGCGAUUGGUACGUGUUGCAGAGAUGCAAAGGAGGACACUGAUUUUCCUUGCCCUCCAACUAGUGAAGGAGCCAGGUUUGGACAAUAGAGUGCUGCAGUGAUGACUUAUUUUCAUAGGCCAACUUACAAAAACUAAAGAGGACUCCAUUGGCUUUUGGAUUACUACAGAAAAUAAGCUCUGUGACCAACAAAAGUUUAUGAUACUUGCACGUUUUGUUUAGUGAAAGGAUGAGUUUAGCUGUUUGGCAUGACAACCUCUGUAGUCCCAUUUAGCCACUUGUUAGCAACCACCUAUUAAAGUAUAAGUAAGCUUAAAAAAAAAUCACAAGGUGGUAUUACUGAUGGUUAUAUUGUAGAUUAAAUCUUGAGCUUGUGUUCACCACAGACCUUAUUUCAGGCAUUUAACCAAAAACCCAUUUAAAAAACCCAUUGACUUGGAACCAGAAGUGCUAUAAUGCUAACUUGUUUCCGGGUUUUGGCCCACAAAAAAUAUGUCAUCCCUGCAGCACUCUAUACUGUAGAGGAAUGGGUCAGUGUUUGGUCUUCUAAUGAAAAAAAAAAUUUUGUAAGCUACUUACUGUACAAUUUGAAAAUGCAAAAUUUCAUUAUAUUGUAGUAAUUGUUUUACCAGUGUCUUUUUUUGUUUUGUUUUUGAGGCUCUCUUUGAAAGCUCAUAAAAAAAAGUAUGCAUCGAUCAUGAGUGAAAUGUUUGGGAAACAAUCAGCCAAUAAGUAUUUAGAACUAAUUCAAGUCCUCCUGGGAAGUUAGUAUUUUCAAGUUUGGAAGUCGUGUUUACGACGUCAGGUGCGUUCAAGACACUUAUUACGUCAGAGCAAGAUGGCGGUGUACUUUCUCUUAAUUAACUACACAAACAUACAGCAAGUUUUUUUUUUACCUCUACUUCAGAAAAUGAAGAACAAAGAAUGUGCUUCAGGUGUGUGUGUGUGUGUUUUUUUUUUAUUUUAUUUUUUUUAUGUUUUUAAUUAAUUAAUGAAGCCACUGUAGAUUUUAUUGUUACAUAUUAUAUUACAAUGCUAUCAUAUUGUGUGCAGGCAAUUAGCUUAUUUUGUUGUAAAUAAAAAAGCCUGCUAUAUGUAGCUAUUGUAAUUCCACCAUGUAUAACACCACACCCCCAUCUAAACGCGGGUCUUAAAGAUAAUCCCGAGCCUCCCACUGGUAUUUACGACUUUGUGGUGGUGUCCAUGUGCCUUCAACUCGUAUAUGAUCUUACAGACAUGACAGAGAAAAUGAGCAAAAAUGGCAACAUGGAGGUAAUGUAUGCUAACAGACAAGCUAGCUAUCGUUUUCUUCAGGUAUUAAAGACCUCUUUGUUUGCAACAGAUUAAAAGAAUAUUUAUCAAACAAAUAAUCUAUCAAAUGAAAUAAAACUUACCAAAUGAAAACGUUUAUUUACAAUGAUAUCUGCUAAAGCUAUGUGUUUUAUGUUUAUGUUUUAUAAUUUUAGCAUUCUGUGGAAUGUACAUAUCAGACCAAGCAUUUUCUGUAAUUCUGUAUUGUGAAUUGAAAUGCAUUGAUAACAGUCUCACUAAUAACGAUCUGUAAUGAAAGACAUUUUUAUUAUUGUUUCUAAGUAAAAAUGUUUUGCUUUCA